AUGGAAGCGGUGGCGGAAGGGCUGUGGGGGCUGGCGGACUACCAGGAGCAGAGAGGCGAGAUCGGGAAGGCGGUGAAGUGCUUGGAAGCCAUAUGCCAGAGCGACGUGUCGUUUUUCCCCAUCGUCGAAGUCAAGACUCGUCUUCGCAUCGCCACUCUGCUCCUCAAGCACUCGCACAACGUCAACCACGCCAAGUCUCACCUGGAGCGCGCUCAGCUGCUCCUCAAAUCCAUCCCUUCCUGCUUCGACUUGAAGUGCAGAGCCUACAGUCUCCUCAGCCAGUGCUACCACCUCGUCGGCGCCAUCCCUCCUCAGAAGCAGGUCCUCCACAAAGCCCUCGAGCUCUCUGCUUCUGCUGGCCACGAAAUUACAGUCAAGUUAUGGUCUUGCAACUUCAAUUCUCAGCUUGCCAAUGCUCUGAUCAUUGAAGGAGACUACCGGAGUUCCAUCUCCGCCUUGGAGGCCGGUUUUGCUUGCGCAACUGAAAUCUGUUAUCCUGAGUUACAGAUGUUCUUCGCAACUUGUAUGCUACAUGUGCAUUUAAUGCAAUGGGAUGAUGAGAAUACUGUUCAGCUAGCUGUUACCAAAUGCGAUGAGGUCUGGGAGUCAUUAGACCCACAGAAAAGACAACAAUGCCUUGGUUUACUCUUCUAUAAUGAACUGCUGCACAUAUUUUAUCGACUCCGGAUCUGUGACUACAAGAAUGCUACACCUCAUGUGGAAAGAUUGGAUGCUGCUAUGAAGGCUGAUUUGCAGCAAAUGGAGCAUGUACAGCAGCUGGCAAGGGAACUUGAUGCCAUAAAUCAGAGUCUCUCCCGGUCUGAUCUGCAUCACAGGGAGAGGUCAGCCUUGUCUGAAAAACAAGCUUGGCUUCAACACCAGCUGUCUAGUCUUUCUACGUGGAGUUCAACUGCCAAGGGAUCUCUGGAACCAGCUUAUUUUGGAAAUAUGAAACGAACGUACGGAGAUAAGCUUGAGCUAGCACCACCUCCUAUUGAUGGGGAAUGGCUACCAAAAAGUGCGGUCUAUGCUCUUGUUGAUCUGAUGAUGGUUGCGUCGGGUCGUCCAAAAGGAAAUUUUAAGGAGUGUGCGAAGCGAAUUCAAUCUGGAAUGCUUACCAUCCAAGAGGAGCUUGUGAAGCUUGGAAUAACUGAUGGUGUGAGAGAAGUGAAUUUGCAGCACUCCGCGAUCUGGAUGGCUGGUGUGUAUUUAAUGCUACUUAUGCAGUUCCUUGAAAACAAAGUGGCAAUGGAGUUGACACGAUCUGAAUUUGUAGAAGCACAAGAGGCAUUGGUACAGAUGAAAAAUUGGUUUAUGCGCUUCCCAACAAUUUUACAGACAUGUGAGAGCAUCAUCGAAAUGCUCAGAGGGCAGUAUGCUCAUUCUGUUGGCUGUUAUAAUGAGGCAGCUUUCCAUUACAUUGAAGCUGCAAAGCUCACAGAGAGCAAAUCCAUGCAAGCUAUUUACCAAAUUUAUGCAGCUGUCUCCUACAUCUGCAUUGGGGAUUCUGAAUCAUCUACACAGGCACUUGACUUGAUUGGACCAGUUUACAGAAUGAUGGACUCAUUUGUUGGAGUUAGAGAGAAAACCACUGCCCUUUUUGCCUAUGGUCUUUUAUUGAUGAAGCAACAAGAUCUACAGGAAGCAAGAAAUCGACUCGCCAAAGGUUUGCAAUUGACACAUACUCAUUUGGGGAACCUUCAGCUUGUUUCCCAGUAUUUGACAAUCCUUGGGAGUUUGGCACUAGCUCUUCAUGACCCCGGACAGGCCAGAGAGAUCUUGAGAUCAUCCUUAACAUUGGCAAAGAAGCUUUCUGAUAUCCCAGCACAGAUAUGGGUGCUCUCUGUUAUGACAGCUUUGUAUAAAGAGUUAGGCGAAAGGGGACAUGAAUUGGAGAAUCUUGAGUUUCAGAAGAGAAGGGAGGAUGAUCUGCAAAAGAGACUUGUAGAUGCACAUUCAUCCAUUCACCAUAUUGAACUAAUUGACAAAGUAAAGAUUGAAGUCCAGCAAUUUCAUGAAGUCGACAUCAAUCGUGCAACCAUGGGCCCAUCCAUGAGUGCCAAUCUUGACAUACCAGAAUCAGUUGGUCUGGCUGCCCAGUUACCUGCUCCUUCAUCAUCAAGGCUAGUAGAUUUAGACAUGGGAAGACGUGGGAAGAGGAAAGUUUAG